GUUUUUGAGGGAUGUCUGAAAUGAUCUUAUGCUAGAAGAUGAAUGACGUUAAGGAAAUGUAAAUGAAAUGAAAACACAACCAGAUUCCAGCUUCAGUGUUCAUCCAAGUUUGUGAAGCUUCUAUGGAAAACUGCAAGUCCCAGGAUGCCUUUCACAAGCACAAGACUGGAGAUCACACAUGUUCAUUGUGGUGGCAGGAGAAUGUUUUCUAUAGGUUCCUGGCUAGGUUAAAUAAGGUGGAGCAUGUUGCCCUGCCUUAAAAGCAAGCAUCUGGAUUGGAGUUUGAGCUUAACCCCAGGGUGGAGCCGGAAUUUACCUUUGUACUUCAGGCAGUCAGCAGUUGACUGGGUGGGUCUGGAACUGGCUGCCAUCCUGACGUCUCAGAGCUGCAAGCAGGUCCUUGUGGACAGCCACCAUGGCCUCUCAGCCUCUUAGGCUGACAGAAGAGUCUGACCCAAGUCCUGGGGAGUCUGAACUGGCUGUGAACCCCUUUGAUGGGCUCCCUUUCUCCUCCCGCUACUAUGAGCUGCUUGAGCAACGCCGAACCUUGCCCAUCUGGGCUGCUCGCUUCCUCUUCUUGGAGCAUGUGGAGAGUAGCCCCACUGGAGUGGUCCUGGUGUCCGGGGAGCCUGGCUCUGGCAAGAGCACCCAGAUUCCUCAGUGGUGUGCAGAAUUUGCCUUGGCCAGGGGAUUCCAGAAUGGCCAGGUUACUGUCACUCAACCCUACCCUCUGGCAGCCCUGAGCCUGGCUUUGCGGGUUGCUGAUGAGAUGGACCUGACUCUGGGUCAUGAGGUUGGAUAUAGCAUCCCUCAGGAGGACUGCACAGGACCCAACACUCUGCUCAGGUUCUGCUGGGACAGGCUACUUCUGCAGGAGGUGGCCUCAACCCGGGGCACUGGAACCUGGGGUGUGCUGGUGUUGGAUGAGACUCAGGAGCGGUCAGUGGCCUCAGAUUCACUCCAGGGGCUGUUGCGAGAUGCCAUGCUGGAAAACCUUCCAGGGAACCCUCGAGUGGUUGUGGUUACUGACCCAGCCCUUGAACCUAAGCUCCAAGCCUUCUGGGGCAAUCCUCCUGUUGUGCGUGUACCCGGAGAGGCCAGCAGGAGUCCUGCCCCUAUCUACAGGGACAGUGCUCCUGGUGACCGAGUGGAAGCUGCCUGCCAAGCUGUGCUUGAGUUAUGUUGGAAGGAGGCUCCAGGAGAUGUGCUAGUGUACCUGCCCAGUGAGGAGGAAAUUUCCUUGUGCUGUGAGUCCUUAUCCAGGGAGGUAGGGACCCUGGCUUUCCUAGGGCCUCCGCCACAGGUGCUACCCCUUCACCCAGGCUGUGGUCAAGCCAUUCAGGCCGUGUAUGAGGACACAGACACGGGUGCCCGGAAGGUCGUAGUAACUCAUUGGCUGGCUGACUUCUCCUUCUCCCUCCCUUCCAUCCGACACGUCAUUGACUCAGGAUUGGAGCUUCGAAGUGUUUACAGUCCCCAGAUCCGAGCAGAAUCCCAAGUCUUGAGACCAAUUAGCAAGUGUCAGGCAGAAGCAAGACGACUGCGGGCAAGAGGGUUCCCACCAGGAUCCUACCUCUGCCUGUAUCCGAAGACCCUCCUAGAACUAGAGGCUCCCCCACUUCCCCAGCCCAGGGUGUGUGAAGAGAAUCUGAGCCCCCUGAUGUUACUCCUAAAGAGGAGACAGAUUGCUGAGCCAGGGGAGUGCCAUUUCCUAGACCCGCCUGCUCCAGAAGCACUGAUGCAAGCCCUGGAAGACUUAGACUAUCUGGCAGCCUUGGAUGAUGACGGGGACCUGUCAGACCUGGGAGUCAUCUUAUCAGAGUUCCCCCUGACCCCUGAGCUGGCCAAAGCCCUGCUGGCCUCGUGCGAGUUCAACUGUGUGGAUGAGAUGCUCACCCUCGCCGCCAUGCUCACGGCUGCUCCUGGGUUCACUCAUCCUCCACUGUGUGCAGAAGAAGCUGCCCUGCGUCGGGCCCUGGAACACACUGAUGGUGACCACAGCUCUCUGAUCCAAGUUUAUGAAGCCUUUAUCCAAAGUGGAGAGGAUGAAGCUUGGUGCCAGGCUCGAGGUCUAAAUUGGGCGGCAUUGUGCCAAGCCCAUAAACUUCGGGGAGAACUCCUAGAACUCAUGCAGCGAAUUGAACUUCCCUUGUCUCAACCAGCUUUUGGCUCUGAACAGAAUCGCAGAGACCUUCAGAAAGCACUGGUGUCAGGAUACUUCCUCCAAGUGGCCCGAGACACAGACGGGACUGGAAAUUACCUGCUCUUAACCCAUAAGCAUGUGGCACAGCUGUCCUUCUACUGCUGCUACCGAAACCGCCGGGCUCCAGCCAGACCCCCACAAUGGGUGCUGUAUCACAGCUUCUCCAUUUCCAAAGACAACUGCCUUUCUAUUGUUUCUGAGAUUCAACCUGAGAUGCUGGUGGAGCUGGCACCCCCAUACUUCCUAAGUAACUUGCCCCCCAGCGAGAGCAGAGACCUCCUGAACCAGUUGCGGGAAGGAAUGGCAGAUUCAUCAGAAGAGAAAGAACCUUCUUCCACCCAGGAUUUCAGAGAUGCCUGUGUCCUGCAGUGACCUGUCUGCCCAAGGAAUGGAACU